CUCUCUCUCUCUCUCCUAUUGCGCUAUUGAAGAAAGAAAUCCAUAUUUUUGUUGCUGAGUUUUUAUUUUUUAUUUUUCUCGUUGUGCCGCCACUGUUUUAUGCGCCUCCAUCAUCCUCUUCGUCACCUAGGGUUUCUAGGGUUUUCAGACUCGUUUCUGGGAUUUUCUGGGGCUUUCCGAGCUGGAUUCUCUUUCUUUCAUCAGGCGAAUCUCCAUGCGCCGCUGGUUCAGCGGCUUCGUUGAUUAGCCCCAUCACGCCACACUCCCCAUCUCGCUCUUCCGCUCCCCAGCUUUCUCGAUCCCAAUAAAACCUAGGGUGUGACUGCUUCCAUUGCUUUUUGGGGCAUGGUUUUUCAAUUAGGACGAACAUUGAUUGCUCUUUUGCUUGUGUUCUGAGGGUUUUCGAUUUGAAUGGCAUUGGGGGAUUUGAUGGCCUCCCGGUUUUCGCAAUCCUCCGUGGUCGUGGUCCCAAACCACUUGGAUGACUGUGCCUCCAGUCACGAAGACGGCGAUUUGAGCUCGCAGAGAAGGGAAUCCGAGACUGCUAGUAGUAGUUAUGGAAAUGCCACGGCCACCACUGCUACAAGCAUGGCCUACUUGCCCCAAACCAUUGUAUUGUGUGAACUUCGACACGACGCCUUCGAGGCUUGCGUGCCAGUAGGUCCAUCUGAUAGUGGUCUGGUCUCCAAAUGGCGGCCUAAAGAUCGAAUGAAGACGGGAUGUGUAGCUCUAGUAUUAUGUUUAAACAUUAGCGUUGAUCCGCCCGAUGUAAUUAAGAUAUCUCCCUGUGCCCGAAUGGAGUGCUGGAUAGAUCCAUUUUCUAUGGCUCCACAAAAAGCUCUUGAAAAAAUUGGUAAAACCUUGAGUGAACAGUAUGAGAGGUGGCAACCAAAGGCACGCUACAAGGUUCAGCUUGAUCCUACAGUUGAGGAAGUGAAGAAACUUUGUAAUACAUGUCGCAAAUAUGCCAAGUCAGAGAGAGUUCUUUUCCAUUAUAAUGGACAUGGUGUACCGAAGCCAACUGCUAAUGGUGAAAUUUGGCUCUUUAAUAAGAGUUAUACUCAGUAUAUCCCCUUGCCAAUAAGUGACCUUGAUUCCUGGUUGAAGACACCGUCAAUAUAUGUGUUUGAUUGUUCUGCUGCUGGGAUGAUUAUUAAUUCAUUCAUUGAGCUUCAUGAUUGGGGGGGUUCUAGCUCAUCUGGAUCUACAAGGGAUUGUAUCCUGCUUGCAGCUUGUGAAGCACACGAGACUCUUCCACAAAGUGCUGAAUUUCCUGCUGAUGUGUUUACUUCUUGCCUCACAACUCCUAUCAAGAUGGCAUUAAGAUGGUUCUGCACAAGAUCAUUACUUCAUGAGUCUCUUGAUCAUUCACUAAUAGAUAAAAUCCCUGGCCGCCAAAAUGACCGGAGAACCCUCUUGGGGGAGUUGAAUUGGAUUUUUACUGCUGUCACUGAUACAAUUGCAUGGAAUGUUCUCCCUCAUGAUCUUUUCCAGAGACUGUUCAGACAAGACCUGUUAGUUGCCAGCCUUUUUCGAAAUUUUCUACUUGCUGAGAGAAUUAUGCGAUCGGCAAAUUGCUCUCCAAUCUCUCACCCAAUGUUGCCUCCAACCCAUCAGCAUCACAUGUGGGAUGCAUGGGACAUGGCUGCUGAGAUAUGCCUUUCUCAGCUUCCAUUAUUGGUUGAGGAUCCUAAUGCAGGGUUCCAGCCAAGUCCAUUUUUCACUGAGCAGUUGACUGCUUUUGAGGUAUGGCUUGACCAUGGAUCCGAACACAAGAAACCACCAGAGCAGUUGCCUAUUGUUCUUCAGGUCUUACUUAGUCAAUGCCACCGAUUUCGAGCUCUGGUUCUUCUUGGAAGAUUCCUUGAUAUGGGACCCUGGGCUGUAGAUCUGGCAUUGUCUGUUGGGAUAUUUCCUUAUGUUCUGAAGCUGUUGCAAACGAUGACGCCUGAACUACGACAAAUUCUUGUAUUUAUUUGGACAAAAAUUCUUGCCCUUGAUAAGUCAUGUCAGGUUGAUCUUGUGAAGGAUGGGGGACAUACAUAUUUCAUCAGGUUUCUUGAUAGCAUGGAAGCAUAUCCAGAACAGCGUGCAAUGGCUGCUUUCGUUUUGGCAGUGAUUGUUGAUACACAUAGACGUGGUCAGGAAGCUUGUAUUGAAGCAGGUCUGAUCCAUGUUUGCUUGAAGCACCUUCAGGGUCCAACUCCAAAUGAUACACAGACUGAACCCCUAUUUCUUCAGUGGCUUUGCCUCUGUCUGGGAAAGCUGUGGGAGGAUUUUACAGAGGCCCAAAUAUUUGGUUUGCAGGCAGAUGCCCCUGCAAUAUGUGCUCCUCUACUUUCCGAGCCCCAACCAGAGGUUAGGGCUUCUGCUGUUUUUGCACUGGGUACCCUGCUUGAUGUGGGUUCAGGUUCAUGUAGAGAUGGCGUUGGAGGAGAUGAAGAAUAUGACGAUGAUGAAAAGAUUAGAGCUGAAAUUAGUAUUGUUAGAAGCCUAUUAAGUGUUGCUUCUGAUGGAAGCCCUCUGGUCAGGGCCGAAGUUGCUGUUGCUCUGGGACGCUUUGCCUUUGGCCACAACAAGCACCUCAAGUCAAUUGCUGCUGCAUAUUGGAAACCACAAUCCAGUUCUCUUCUGAAUUCCUUGCCCUCUUUGUCGCAUAUUAAAGGUAAUGUUGUUUCUUCUCAAAUUGGUCCACUUUUGAGAGUGACCAAUGAUAACUCAUUGGUUGUUCGAGAUGGAAGAGUCUCCACCAGCAGCCCCCUUGCGAGUUCUGGAAUUAUGCAUGGAUCUCCAUUGUCUGACGAUUCAUCUCAGCAUUCUGAUUCUGGAAUAUUAAAUGAUGGUGUGAGCAAUGGUGGUGUUAACCAUUCAACACCAAAACCCCUGGACAAUGCAAUGUAUUCUCAGUGUGUAUUGGCUAUGUGUACCUUAGCAAAGGAUCCAUCUCCACGCAUUGCAAGCCUUGGUCGGCAGGUGUUGGCCAUUAUAGGAAUUGAACAAGUGGUGGCAAAACCUGUAAAGUCCAGUAAUAAUAGUGUUCGACCUGGUGAAUCCAUUACAGCAUCUCCGACUCCCACUCUUGCUGGAUUAGCUCGAUCUUCUUCGUGGUUUGAUAUGAAUGGAGGUCAUUUGCCUUUAACAUUCCGAACGCCUCCUGUCAGCCCUCCUCGGCCAAAUUACUUGACUGGAAUGCGGAGGGUUUAUUCUUUAGAGUUCAGGCCUCAUCUAAUGAGUCCAGAUUCUGGAUUAGCCGAUCCGCUUUUAGGUUCUGGGGGAACUUCUGGUGCCUCAGAACGCAGUGUUCCUCCACAAUCAACAAUCUACAAUUGGAGUUGUGGGCACUUCUCCAAGCCACUUCUCAUUGCCGCAGAUGACAGUAAAGAAAUAUUAACCAGAAGAGAGGAGAGAGAAAAAUUUGCCUUGGAGCACAUUGCUAAAUGCCAGCACUCAUCUGUUAGCAAGCUUAACAAUCAAAUUGCUAGCUGGGACACAAAAUUUGAGACGGGUACGAAAACAAUCUUGCUGGAACCAUUUUCUCCUAUUGUAAUCGCAGCAGACGAGAAUGAAAGAAUCAGGGUAUGGAAUUACCAAGAGGCUAAGGAGGCUACCCUUCUCAACAGCUUUGAUAACCAUGAUUUUCCUGACAAAGGAAUCUCCAAGCUCUGCCUUGUGAAUGAGCUUGAUGACAGCUUGCUUCUUGCUGCUUCAAGUGAUGGAAACAUUCGAAUUUGGAAAGAUUAUACUUUGAAGGGUAGACAGAAACUUGUUACUGCAUUUUCUUCAAUUCAAGGUCAUAAACCUGGUGUGCGAAGUUUGAAUGCUGUUGUAGAUUGGCAACAGCAAUCUGGAUAUCUGUAUGCUUCUGGUGAGAUAUCGUCCAUUAUGCUUUGGGAUCUGGAUAAAGAGCAGCUUGUGAAUUCUAUUCCUUCGUCAUCAGAUUGUAGCAUCUCAGCGCUGUCUGCCUCUCAAGUUCAUGGGGGACAACUUGCAGCUGGUUUUGUAGACGGUUCUGUUAGACUCUAUGAUGUGCGAACUCCUGAAAUGCUUGUCUGUGCAAUGCGACCACACACUCAGAAGGUUGAAAGAGUUGUGGGGAUUGGCUUUCAGCCUGGGCUUGAUCCUGCUAAGAUUGUAAGUGCAUCUCAGGCAGGCGAUAUUCAGUUCCUUGAUAUCAGAAAUGACAGGGAGGCCUACCUGACAAUUGAAGCUCACAGGGGUUCACUGACAGCUUUAGCUGUUCAUAGACAUGCCCCGAUCAUUGCCAGUGGAUCAGCCAAACAACUCAUAAAAGUCUUUAGUUUGGAGGGUGAACAAUUAGGCACCAUAAGAUACUACCCUUCCUUUAUGGCCCAAAAGAUCGGUCCUGUCAGUUGCUUAGCCUUCCAUCCCUAUGAAGUGCUGCUUGCUGCUGGUGCUGCAGAUGCUUGCGCAUCCAUCUAUGCUGACGACAACUCUCAAGCUAGAUGAGAAUGCUAGUUCUUUCCUCAUUGAUUCGAUAAGGGUUUCUUUCAUAUUGGAAGGCAGUGCAAGUGGAUGGACUUCAAAUGCAAUCUUGCCAUUGCAGAUCAUUCGGUGCAUCUGCUCCAUUGUGUGAUAAUAUAUUCCGCUGCCCAAUUCCUCAUCGGUGUCAAUGGGCGGGUGGGUCUGGAAGCUUUGGUAGGGUGCUGUCUGCCGAUGAUGGUGUAUGCUAUGAUAUUCAUUAGCCUCAGGUGUAGAUGGUCACAAUUGUGGGGAAUAAUUUCCUGCAUAUUUAUUCGGGGCUCUGGAAAAUAAUCUGUUAUAUAGGGUAAAUCCGUGUAAAUAAACUUCCCUUCUUCUGUUUUUUCUAUAUAGUUCCUCAUUUUGGUGUGUUCAUUUUUAUUCCCAUCCCUUUUGUUCAAUUUGUAAGAGCAACGCAGUUUAAUGAUCAUAAUCUUAGUGUUGCAUGACGUGGGGAUUAAACAAACUCGCGUUUGCACAUCUUGUAAUCUGUUGAAUUUGUAAGUCGCUUUGCCGUUUAAUUAACCAUCAUGUAACUUGUAAUUAAUUCAUCAAUUUGUUUGAGUUGGCA